AUGAGGGACAGAGAUUUCCCAAAGCCCGUACUACGUGCAGGACAAGCGCGCCUCGGCUACAGGCCGCCGGUGCGGGAAGCAGCAACGCGGUGGCUGGAAACGCUGACGGGGUGCGAGUCACAUCACUGGGCAACGUGGAGCCGUUCGUACAACCAUCACGUCGUUGUUCGGUGUCUGCGCCCCUGCCCUGCUGGGCAGCCCGGGAGCGCACAGCCGGGGAGCACAGAGCCGGGAGCGCGCAGCUGGGAGCGCACAACCGGGAGCGCGCAGCCGGGAGCGCACAGCCGGGAGCGUGCAGCUGGGAGCGCGCAGCCCGGGAGCGCGCAGCCGGGAGCGUGCAGCCUGGGAGCACACAGCCGGGAGCGCGCAGCCGGGAGCGUGCAGCCUGGGAGCGCGCAGCCGGGAGCGUGCAGCCUGGGAGCACACAGCCGGGAGCGCGCAGCCGGGAGCGUGCAGCCCAGGAGUGCGCAGCUGGGAGCGCGCAGCCGGGAGCGUGCAGCCGGGAGCGCGCAGCCCGGGAGCGCACAGCCGGGGAGUGCGCAGCCGGGAGCGCGCAGCCUGGGAGCGCGCAGCCGGGAGCGUGCAGCCGGGGAGUGCGCAGCCGGGAGCGCGCAGCCUGGGAGCGCGCAGCCGGGAGCGCGCAGCCCGGGAGUGCGCAGCUGGGAGCGCGCAGCCGGGAGCGCGCAGCCUGGGAGCGCGCAGCCGGGAGCGUGCAGCCGGGGAGUGCGCAGCCGGGAGCGUGCAGCCCGGGAGCGCGCAGCUGGGAGCGCGCAGCCCGGGAGCGCGCAGCCCGGGAGCACGCAGCCUGGGAGCGUGCAGCCGGGAGCGCGCAGCCGGGAGCACGCAGCCCAGGAGCGCGCAGCCGGGAGCGCGCAGCCGGGAGUGCGCAGCCAGGGAGCGCACAGCUGGGAGCGUGCAGCCGGGAGCGCGCAGCCCAGGAGCGCGCAGCCGGGAGUGCGCAGCCUGGAGCGCGCAGCCGGGAGCGCGCAGCCGGGAGCGUGCAGCCCAGGAGCGCGCAGCCGGGAGCGCGCAGCCCGGGAGCGCGCAGCCUGGGAGCGCGCAGCCGGGAGCGUGCAGCCUGGGAGCACACAGCCGGGAGCGCGCAGCCGGGAGCGCGCAGCCGGGAGCGUGCAGCCUGGGAGCGCGCAGCCCAGGAGCGCGCAGCCCGGGAGCGCGCAGCCGGGAGCGCGCAGCCGGGAGCGUGCAGCCCGGGAGCGCGCAGCUGGGAGCGCGCAGCCCGGGAGCGCGCAGCCCGGGAGCACGCAGCCUGGGAGCGUGCAGCCGGGACCGCGCAGCCGGGAGCGCGCAGCCCAGGAGCGCGCAGCCGGGAGUGCGCAGCCGGGAGCGAACAGCCGGGAGCGAACAGCCUGGAUGCCGAGGUUCUGCCACCUCCCCAGAGCUGCCCUGGACACCGCCAAGGCGGAGGUGGGCACAGGCGUGCCGUUAGGGACUUGA